AUGGCAAAACAUCAUUUGCGCUCUAACAGUACCAACACAAGCAUCCCCAAGCCAAUUUCAUCUGCUUCUACGAUCUGCCCAUCCGUCCACACCAAUACACUCCAAGCACCUAUCGUACACGGGGCUGGGCCGAUCACCACAGUGAUGUCAACGCCGACUUCUAAGAUCACGGCCAUCACCCUGAGUCACACCGAUCUCGAAAAGAUUGAGCUUCUCGAUCGUGGCCAGAACAACUGGGGCACGUGGUCUGCCAAAAUACACAACUAUCUACUCCUUAAACACGGAGGAGGUUACUUACUCGGCGUCAUACCACAUCCCAAUGACAUCCUAGAUCCCGCGGGUGCCAGUACUUGGGACCUUAACAACCUUUGUAUCGUAACAGCGCUUAGCACUCGCUCUUGCACAGAGGACCAGGAUUUCCUACUCCCCUUCACCGAAGUGCAUGCCGCCUGGUUGUCGCUUAAACCUCACCAUGAGCAAGUAGGACCUAUCGCUCAGAUUCUGCUGAUCCAACAGGCCUUGUCACCGACACCAUCAUCAUUAGCACACCCUCUACUCCCUAUGGUCCCGUCAAUAUUUGUUCCCACCUCAAACUGGAACAACAGCUCGUCGACAAUGACAAAGGGAAGGGGUCCGGUGACGUCGCCAUGUUGGCUUCAAACAAAGGGAAGCAACCUAACCGCAGCCACCCCCCAUGCACAGAUUGUGGCCAAUCUACCCACUCCAGCUGCUGCACCACUUGCGGCGGGGGGCACUAUGGAAGAAAAGAAGGACAAAAUUAUUGUGCGCCGUCGUGCAGCACGAGCAGGUGGAGGCGGUGGUACUACAGGUUCUGCAAAACCCCCUGGACCCACUACCUCGUGUCCAACCAAGGGAGCAUCUACUGGCAAACCCGGUGGAUUACACUACAACACAAACGGUCGUGCUUAUCUCCUGGACGCUGAGACCCAUGAGGCCAUCUUCGUCGCCUCCACCCCUGGCAACACUACACCAACCCAAGAAUUCGCGGGUCUUGCGCAUGAUACUCUUUCAUCAGCCUUUAUCGAGGACUUACCUGACGACGCUUUUGACACGUUGUUCGCUGCCAUUGACCUCCAAGCUAGCGUCGACUGGCAUACCCACUCUCAGUCUGUCGACUUCGCGGGUAUAACCUACAAAGCUCCCAACCAAUGUGCGCGUACUCCAAUCGACCCAUCUGUCGUACCGUUUUUUCUCGAUACCUGCUAA